AUGGCUGAUUACGACAACGAUAACGGCCGUUACGCCGAUGAGCCCCGGUAUGAACGCGACCGCAGCGCCUCGCCUCGCGAUGAGCCCCGAGGUGAUCGCGCUCGCAGCCGCUCUCCCAACGGCCGCCCCGACGACCGUGAUGACCGUCCCGGUCCCCUGCGCAAGGCUCACCUGCAAGAGGAAGAGGAAGAGGAAGGCUCCCUUAAUAGCGGCUCCAACCUGUUCGUCACUGGAAUCCACCCGCGCCUGACCGAAUCCGACAUUACGCGUCUAUUCGAGAAGUACGGUGAUGUUGAGAACUGCUCUAUCAUGCUGGACCCCCACACCAAGGAGUCCCGUGGCUUCGGCUUCGUCAACAUGGUCACUGCCGAGCAGGCCGAUGCAGCCAAGGAGGGCCUCCAGGGCGAGGUCAUCGAAGGCCGCACCCUGAGCAUCGAGAAGGCUCGUCGCAACCGUCCUCGUACCCCUACCCCCGGAAAAUACUUCGGUCCCCCCAAGCGCGAUGGCCCUGGUGCUCCCCGUGGCCCGCCCCGUCGUGGCGACCGCUACGAUGACCGCCGUGGUCCUGGUGGUGGUGGAGGCGCCUGGCGUCGCCGCGAUGACGAUUACUACCGCUCUGGCCGUUACGACUCCUACAACGACCGCCGCGAGUCCGGUCGCGAUUAUGGCCGCGGUGACUACCGCAGCCGUGAUUAUGGUGGUGGCGGCAGCGGUGGCGGCAGCGGUGGCGGCCGUGACUACCGUCGUGAUUCCCGUGACGACUAUAGCGGCUACCGUGGUGGUGGCAGCAGCGGUGGUCCUGACCGUUACGCCGACCGUUACAGCCGUGAUGAUCGCCGUGGUGAUGACCGCCGUGGCGGAGGUGAAGAGUCUCGUAGCAGCUACUACGACCGUGAUGCCAACCCGCCCAGCUACGAAUCGGCUCCUCCCCGUGAGCCUCGUGCCCCCUACGCUGGUGGCGAGGGUGCCGCUGCUGGUGCUGGCAGUGCUAGCGGUGGCCGUUCCUACGAGGGCCGUGGUGGUGAAGAUCGGUACGCUAGCAGGUAA